UCCCCAAAAACGGCUGGCUUCAUCGGACAUCCGUGUCAUCGAUGCAUUCCAUGUCACGUCAUCAUUUUCCCAUUUUUCCUUCAUCACAAAACAUCCAAAUAUGCCGUUGAGGGGAAUACCUAACAUACUUUCACCAGACUUGCUUCAUGUGCUUGCUGCCAUGGGUCAUGGGGAUGAAAUUGUUUUGGCAGAUGCUCACUUUCCUUCAUCUUCGCUGUGCAGGAGUGGUACUGGCAGAGGUGCAAGAGAAGUUAGGGCUGAUGGUCACAAUAUCCCAGAUCUGUUGGGUGCCAUCCUCAAGCUGAUGCCUCUGGAUCAGUAUGUAGACAAUCCUGUCAUUCUGAUGGACCUUGUGCGCUCUGACAAAGAGAGUGGAUUAAAGGUGCCCAUUUGGGACAAGUAUACUGAACUUGUAAAUGCUGCAGAGAAAAAAGAGAUAAAAAUCUCAAAGGUGGACAGAUUUGAUUUCUAUGAUCGAGCCAAAACAGCCUAUGCAAUUGUUCAUACAGGGGAGUCUUCCGUGUAUGGAAAUGUCAUUCUGAAGAAAGGAGUUCUUGUGUGAGACAACUAAAAUGCUCCUUUGGAUCACAUGGGAUGUGUAGUCAUAGUUGAGGUUGGGGGGUUGGGCACACUUGGGAUGUGUAGUCAUAGUUGAGGUUGGGGGGAUGGGCACACUAACAAGUGUGGAAUAUCUUUUGUACUUACUGCUUCAAGGUGGCUAUCCAUAUAAUUCGACAGGUUUUAGAUGGUUGAUAGACAAUUUCACUGUUAUUUGAAAGCCAAUCUACUUUUUUUGGCCAAUAUUGUAUCAAUUACGAUUCUUCAUAUCAUGGAUGUAAUAAAAAUUAUACUCACAGCACA